CCCUCCCUCCCAAACCUCUCCUCUUCUGCUUCUGCUGAGGUCUCCUUCCUUUUUCACUAGUCCCUUCGCUGCUCUCUCGGCGCUCAACUCGUCAGAAAACUUUCACCGCCACUUCCACUCUCAAUCUCUCGAUCGAGCUAAGCGAUCCGGACUCGGAUACUUUCACAUGGCGAUUAUUUCUCAGACUCCUGAUAUUUCCGGCGAGCGCCAGUCCGGCCAGGAUGUUCGCACUCAAAAUGUGGUGGCGUGCCAGGCGGUUGCGAACAUUGUUAAAUCUUCGCUCGGUCCUGUUGGCCUUGAUAAGAUGCUUGUAGACGAUAUUGGUGAUGUGACAAUCACUAAUGAUGGUGCCACAAUACUAAAAAUGCUGGAGGUGGAGCACCCAGCAGCCAAGGUCCUAGUUGAGUUAGCAGAACUACAAGACCGAGAAGUUGGUGAUGGGACAACUUCUGUUGUUAUUAUUGCUGCUGAGCUGCUCAAGAGAGCAAAUGAUUUGGUGAGAAAUAAGAUACAUCCAACAUCAAUAAUCAGUGGAUACAGACUUGCUAUGAGGGAAGCGUGCAAGUAUGUUGAUGAAAAGCUUGCUGUUAAGGUGGAAAAGCUGGGGAAAGAUUCUCUUGUAAACUCUGCCAAGACUAGCAUGUCCUCAAAGUUGAUAGGCGGUGACAGUGACUUCUUUGCAAAUCUGGUUGUGGAGGCUGUGCAAGCAGUGAAGAUGACUAAUGCAAGAGGUGAAGUUAAAUACCCAAUCAAGGGAAUCAACAUACUAAAAGCCCAUGGAAAAAGUGCUAGAGACAGCUAUUUACUUAAAGGAUAUGCACUCAACACUGGACGUGCUGCACAAGGGAUGCCUCUGAGGGUUGCACCGGCCAAAAUUGCUUGUCUUGAUUUCAAUCUUCAAAAGACAAAGAUGCAAAUGGGUAUCCAAGUUCUGGUCACCGAUCCUAGGGAGUUGGAAAAGAUUCGCCAAAGAGAAGCUGACAUGACAAAAGAACGCAUUGAGAAGCUUUUUAAGGCAGGAGCAAAUGUCGUGCUAACCACAAAAGGGAUAGAUGAUAUGGCACUUAAGUACUUUGUGGAGGCUGGUGCAAUUGCUGUGAGACGUGUCCGCAAAGAAGAUCUACGCCAUGUUGCCAAGGCAACUGGUGCAACUGCGGUUUCAACAUUUGCAGAUAUGGAAGGGGAAGAAACAUUUGAUUCCUCAUUUCUAGGAUAUGCUGAUGAAGUUGUUGAGGAACGCAUUGCUGAUGAUGAUGUGAUUAUGAUAAAAGGGACAAAAACAUCAAAUGCGGUUUCAUUAAUACUUAGAGGUGCGAAUGAUUUCAUGCUUGAUGAGAUGGACAGGGCAUUGCAUGAUGCCCUUUGCAUUGUCAAAAGGACUCUAGAAUCAAAUACUGUUGUUGCUGGUGGAGGCGCAGCUGAGGCGGCAUUAUCAGUAUAUCUGGAAAAUUUGGCCACAACCCUAGGAUCCAGGGAGCAGCUGGCUAUUGCAGAGUUUGCCGAAUCUUUACUUAUCAUACCAAAGGUACUUGCUGUCAAUGCGGCCAAAGAUGCUACUGAACUUGUCGCUAAACUACGAGCUUACCACCACACUGCACAAACUAAGGCAGAUAAGAGGCACUUGUCAAGCAUGGGUCUCGACCUAGUGAAAGGCACAGUUCGCAACAAUUUGGAAGCCGGAGUAAUCGAGCCAGCCAUGAGCAAAGUAAAAAUAAUCCAGUUUGCCACCGAAGCUGCUAUUACCAUUCUUCGAAUCGAUGACAUGAUUAAGCUUGCAAAAGAUGAAAGCCAGGAUGGGGAGUAGUAAAAUAGUCUUCGGCGUGGAAGAGCUUCGUCAUCCAUGGUAAAAAAAAAAAAAUGUGUUAUUUUUUUUUUUUUUAUCGUUCCUGGUUAUUUGUGUUCGAAAUCUGCCUAUUUUAUGCGUUAACUAUUUAUUUGUGAUCAUGAGAAUAUGCAUUAGCGAGUUAUGGUAGCUUAUCUGUUACGGAUUGCGCGAAAGAUAUGUUACGCUUGUUUUUGAUGGAUUUUGUCUGAUUUGUCGCAAUGUGAUCUUGAUUUCAAUGUGGAUGUGUCACGAUAUGUAUCGUAAUUUUUGUGUUCGAGUAGCUGAGGAUAGUGAAAUUUCAUGCUC